AUGUCCCCAUCCCUGCUCGGUAUUUUAAGUUCCAAGUUGGUGUGGCAUUUUGAUUCUUUGCCAAUCAUGCCAAUCGUGCCAACUGCUAGCAAGCUCAAGUCUGCAUCUUCCACUCUCCCAAGGGCCUCUAAAGUUCAGGGCCGUCCGUUCACACGGUUCCCCCGUGAGCCGGGUCGUGGCCCUUGA